CAGGGGAAGCGAGACGGACAAACUACGCCGGCCCAUCCCCACCUUUAUAUGAGCACGUCCUCGCAAGCCCCUUCGCAGCCCGACACUCACGAGCCACGGCGCCACGCAAGGCUUUGGCGCGCGAUCAUGCAGCCCGCGGUCGGCACGGGCGUGAUGGACAUAGACCUCGGCGCGGCCCGGGCGGCGCGGGUGCUGGGCCGCGGCGCAAUGGGCACGGUGUUCCUGGUCGCCGCCGCCGGCGCCGAGGCCGAGGCCGGGUACGCGCUCAAGGUCUUCGACAAGCGCUCCCACGCGGCGGCGCCGCCCGGGCGCGCGGAGGACGCCGCGCGGCGCGCGCGCUGGGAGGUGUCCGUGCUGUCCUGGCUCGCGCACCCGCACCUGCCGUCGCUGCUGGGCCGCGCCGAGACGCCCGACCUGCUCGCCUGGGCCAUGCCCUACUGCGCCGGGGGCGACCUCAACGAGCUCCGCCGCGCGCAGCCCGACCGCGUCUUCUCCCCCGCCGCCGUCAGGUUCUACGCCGCCGAGCUCGUCUCCGCGCUCGCCGACCUCCACGCCGCCGGGAUCGCAUACCGCGACCUCAAGCCCGAGAACGUGCUCCUCCGCGCCGACGGCCACGUCACCCUCACCGACUUUGACCUCUCCCGGCUGCUCCCGCCCAAGUCCCCUUCCGCCUCCACGUGCACCUCCGCCUCGUCGCCGUGCUCGUCGGCUACGCCGUCGCCGACGGCGCCGAAGCCCCAGGGGCGACACUACCGCCACCUGCGCCGAAUCUUCGCGAGAAGCGAGUCCUCGGUGGCGGCGUCGUCCGGGCAGGAACCCCACAACCUGGCAUGGUACCUUAACAGAAGCGACGGCGGCGACGACAAGCUCAAGAAGGCCAAGUCCGCCAGGGCGUCGACGCCGUUGAGCCGCGGCAAGAACCACGCGAGCUUCCGCUCGGCCGCGAGCGGCGGCGUCGCGUGCGAGAGGUCCUUCUCGUUCGUGGGCACGGAGGAGUACGUGGCGCCGGAGGUGGUGAGGGGCGACGGCCACGAGUUCUCCGUCGACUGGUGGGCGCUCGGGGUGCUCGUGUACGAGAUGGCGUUCGGGAGGACGCCGUUCCGCGGCCGGAACCGGAAGGAGACGUUCCGGAACGUGCUGCUCCGGGAGCCCGAGUUCUCGGCCGACGUCGGGCGGCGGUGGCCGGACCUCACCGACCUCAUCGCGCGCCUGCUGGAUAAGGACCCCGCGAGAAGGCUGGGCUUUUCCGGUGGCGCCGACGAGGUCAGGGCGCACCCGUUCUUCGCCGGGGUGGCGUGGGACUUGCUAGGGGAGGUGUCCCGGCCGCCGUACAUCCCACCGCCGGCCGAUGACAUUGUGGCGUGCGAGGGAUUCGGCGUGGUAGAUUACUUCCAGAAGCUUCACCAGCCUCCACCGCAGCCGGACGGAUCGCCAGAGUCCUUGCCAGAGUUCUGACGUUCGUUCGUUAUUUUCACCUGCCAUGUCAGUUUUUACCGUUUUGCACCUUAGAGAAUCACUAUAUCUUGUGACUAGGGUUUACUUGUAUUGUGCUGGUCGUAUGUGUAAAUAUACGACACUAAGAGCAACUACCAACGGGUGACCCAAACGGACGCGGAUUUUGUCCGCAUUUUGUCCGUUUGGAUCGGCCAAGCGGAUAUGCAUGUCCGCUUUUUCGUUUGGGUAAGCCGGUGCGCCCAACGGGAGGCAAACCCAUUUGGUGCAUGUCCGUUCCAGCAUUUCAUCGAACACGUAGCAGGCAGGCAGCUCGCAGCGAGGCAGGGCGAGCGCGGCGCGGCAGGACGAGCAUGGCGGGCUGCAGCAGCACUGGCCGGGCGCGGGCGAGAGGCGAGGCCAGCGGCUGCAGCAGCACCAGCCGGGCGCACGGUGGAGCACGCCGACACCGCAGAAGGCCGAGCGCCGUGCAGCAGCCCCGGCCGCGGGCGCGAAGCCGGACGGGCGCUGGCGCCAGAGCGAGGCUAGGCCACCGGCUGCAGCACCGCCGGUCGGGGAAGCGGUGGAACACGUCAACACCGCGCAAGGACGAGCGCCGUGCAGCAUCCCCGGCCACGGCGCAUAGCCGGACGGGUGCUGGCGCGAGCACGAGGGUGAGGCCGGGCAUGGGCGCGAGCGCGAGGCCGAGCGGCGUGUAGCAGCCCCGGGCACGGUCGCGAGCGCGAGGCCGGGUUGCAGUAGCUUGAUGGUGUCGGUCAACACCAAUCCAUCAGCCAACGAACAAGAAGAAAACGAUAGUACGACAACGCGCUAGCUAGCUAACUCGCCGGUGUACCAUGGCUUCUUGGCCUCGACGACAUCGACGCUGGAUGAGGAGCUCCCUGCUCCUUGCUCAUGGAAGGCAGGCGCGGCCGACUACUGCUGCUCCUUCCCUGGCGGCGUCGCCGCGGCGUCGGAUCCCACCGGAGGGAGAGCUGCUGCACCGGCGGUGUGCCCAGCUACAUCGAAACCGCGGCGUGCUCUGUGCCGGCGCCGUCGUGGGUGGCGACAAAGAGGAAAGGAGGAGAGAGAAAGGGGUGGGAUGGAUGGUGAACUCUUUUGUUGGAUGAUAGAUGGGCCAGCAUGCAUGUGCAGCGGACAUAGCCGGAUGAAGAAGCCACCAAAAGCGCCCGCUUUGUGUCAGCUUCGGACCCAUUUCAGUCUCAAAUUUGGGAUGGAAAUGGGUCCGCGCGGACACAAAGGGGACGCAAAAUAGAAAUGGGUCUUUGCGUUGGGCCGUCGUUUUUGUCCGCGCGGAUUCAAACGGACGUGUGCGGACGAAAUGGGUCGCCCCAUUGGAGUUGCUCUAAGAUUAUGCCAGAGUAAGUUUUGCUUCGCCAAAAAAAA